AUGGCUCCAAUCAAAUACUUCUACAAAGGCCAAGAAACCGAUCUAGUCGUCUUCGCAGAAUCCCAGCAAGCUGUCGAAAACUACUUGCAAGACCCAACCGUCGGUAAGCUUACCGAAGCGGUUGGCGUUUUCAAGGUGUUCACCAACAAACAGGGCGAAGGCGCUGAAGGUGAACUAGGUGAGGCUUCCAAGGCCCAGGUGGAAAACGAGUUUGGUUCCAAGACCAAGAUUGAAGACGCUAUUGCCAAGAUCUUGCAGAACGGGUCCCCAAACGCCAAGACCACCAACCUAAAGGCCAACGACGAACAGUAA